CUAGCAGCAGUGACUAUGGUCCGGCUGGUCCAGCCCGACGGGGGCCGUGAGGGGGUCUCGCUGCUGCUUUGGACACAUGUCCUCCUGCUGAGGGGCAGUGGGCAUUUCUGCCAAGAGGCUGAUGGGUCCUCUCAGAGCAGGCAGAGGUCUGUGGAGCUGCCCAGAGAUCCCAGAGAUCCCAGAGCGCCGCUGCAGUGCCAGCCCACCUGCGGUGCCAUGGCACUGCACGGUGGCUGCUGCCAGCCAGGGCAGCCGGAGCCGCUCCCAGCGGCCACACGACCCCGUCCGUGCCAGCCCUGCUGGCAGCGGCCUCAGGGGACGGGAGCGAUUCCUGCUCAGCCACGGAAAGACUCUGGAGGAUGCCCCUGGCGCUCCCUUCCGUCGGACAGCCGGGACGGGGAUCCUGGCAAAGCGAGGGGCCGCAGGACAGGGCAGGGCCGGGGCGGCCCCCGCCCGCGUUCCCAGCGCCAGAGGGAGGGGAUGGAGGGAUGGGGGGCUUGUAGGGACGGCGUUCCCGUGCAGGAGCCGCUGCCCCGUGCCCGCCCCGAGUGUGCGGGCCCCGUUCCCGGGACGGGCGGUCCCGCCCCCGCCCGGCAGCACUCACGGGAGGCGGUGCCGGCGAUGCGGGCGGUGCUGCGGCGGCGGUGGCUGCCCGGGCCCCGGGGGGUGCCGGGGGGGACGCAGCCGCGGGGUCCCGCCGCGGGGCCGCUCGCCGUGGACCUGCGGAGCGACACGGUGACCCGGCCGUGCGCGGGGAUGCGCCGCGCCAUGGCCCGCGCCGCCGUGGGCGACGACGACUACGGGGAGGACCCGGCAGUGAACGAGCUGCAGCGCUUGGCCGCGGCGACUCUGGGAACGGAAUCGGCUCUCUUCGUGCCCACGGCCACCAUGGCAAAUCUCAUCGCCGUGAUGUGCCACUGCCAGCGCAGGGGGGCUCAGCUGUUCCUGGGCCAGGACAGCCACCUGCACCUCUACGAGCACGGCGGGGCCGCGCAGGUCGCCGGUGUGCACUCCCAGGCACUGCCAGAUCUGCCGAAUGGCACAUUUGACCUGGACCAGCUGGAGCUGACCAUCCGUGAGGCCCACGGCAGCCGGUACCACCCGCGCCCUGAGCUCAUCUGCCUGGAGAACACGCACAGCUCGGCAGGGGGCCGGGCACUGCCCCUCACCUAUCUCAGGCAGGUCCGUGGGCUCGCUGACCGUUACGGGCUGCGGGUGCACAUGGACGGCGCACGACUGAUGAAUGCAGCAGUGGCCCAGGGUGUGGAGCCAGCUCAGAUUGCCCAGCACUGUGACUCUGUGUCACUCUGCUUCUCCAAGGGCCUGGGUGCCCCGGCUGGUGCGGUGUUGGCAGGGUGCAGGGAGUUUGUCACCGAGGCCUGGCGUGUGCGGAAGCUGCUGGGCGGGGGCAUGCGGCAGGCGGGAGUGCUGGCGGCUGCUGCCCGCCUCGGGCUGCAGCGCGCGGAGGCGACGCUUCACAGAGACCACACCAACGCCCGGCGCUUUGCAGAAGGUAUCCAUGUGCUGGACUCUCCCCUCUUGUCCAUCAACCUGGCAGCGGUGGAGACCAACAUCGUGAUGGUAAAUGUCCAGGGGGCCUGGCCGUCCCCCGCUGAGCUCUGCGAGCGCCUGCGUGCCGUCAGCGAGGAGGAGGUGGCUGAGACUGGGCAGGCUGUCAGCGUCUUGCUGCUCCCCUGGUCAGCACGGACUGUGCGCGCUGUCUGGCACCGCGACAUCUCGGACCGUGACACCGAGCUCGCAAGGAGAAAGCUGGAAUUUGUGGCCAGGAAGUGCCAGGAGGAACUGGCCUUGGGACUGCAUCCGAUGUCUCCGGGCACUGGGGGAGCCUGAACAUCCUGCCAGCCCCGCAGCUGCAGCAGUUGGGCAGCUCAAAGCAAGGACUGGGACCAGCCCCUUUGUGCUCCAGAUGUGUUCCCAGCGGUCACAUCAGCCCUCACAGGCAGCCUGACAAACCAAUGUGAGCCCAGCCUAGCAGAGACCCCAGCCCUUGAAGCAGUCAGUGCACAAAAUAAACACAUUUUACUGUAGUUAGGUGUCGCCCUGAGAAUUAAGCCUUUUGAUCUUGUUUUUAUGGUUUCUAGCUGCUUUCCCAGGCAAGUAACUAUAAACAUAGAUGUUUAUACAUUUCAUUAAAGAGAUGUCUUUUGAUGGUCAUUUCUCACGACCAGUGUGAUUGGGAAGGUGGUAACCUAACUAUCUAAUCUCUGGUCAUUGUCAAGAAUCUAUAAAUACUGAAACCACAGAAUAAAUUGCACUCUUUUUCCUAUCACACAUUGAGCUGUGUCCAUGUGA